UGUUUGAUUCUCGUAUAGAUCUCUUCAAAGCGUCGUCUCUGUCGGAGCAGCUCCUGCAGGGCCGUGAGGAGGGGGCGGGGCUAAACAUGGAGUGUCGUAUCUGUGGCGACAGAGCGUCAGGAUUCCACUACGGCGUUCAUGCCUGUGAGGGAUGCAAGGGAUUUUUCCGGAGGACCAUUCGUAUGAAGUUGGAAUAUGACAAAUGCGAGCGCAGCUGUAAGAUCCAAAAGAAAAGUCGGAAUAAAUGUCAGUUCUGUCGUUUUCAGAAGUGUCUGUUGCUCGGGAUGUCCCAUGACGCGAUCCGAUACGGGCGGAUGCCGGAGGCAGAGAAGCGUAAGCUAGUCGCGGGUCUGUUAGCGGGAGAAAAGAGCUCUCCGAACUCCAGCGGGUCAGAUCUGAAAUCUCUCGCCAAACGGGUCAACAACGCCUACCUGAAGAAU